GAGUACGGGUACGUCACUGUUGGCACAAAAAAAGGCCUGUCUGUGGUCGGACAAGGCACAUGCCACCUGCAUCAUCUUUACAUGACCCUAAAUAUCCCGUACCUCGACCAGGUGUUUAAUAGAAGCAGCAGUCCCCGAGCAAGCCAAAGUCGGCCAAAGUCUGUUCUUCGACCGCCAAAGCCGCUAGUCAACCCUCGCGCUAUCAUUCGACCCUCCCUACCAACGUGCUCACCUUCCCGCCCUCGUGAUCAACCGCCUACCUCUCGUACCCAUCCAUCAUGCUGCUUGCUGCUUCUGCUUCUACCUCUAUCUACUAGCCGUCUUUCCCUCGCGACCUCUCUGUCCACCGCGACCACCCGUCGACAAACAACCAGCCUUUGUUCAUCCGAAUCGCAUGUGAACAAACACCCCGCAAUCUGAUAAACAUCCAAACUCCAACUCCACCCUCUCACCGCCUCUGUCGACCCAUGUCGAGCAACAGACCCGACCUCCCCUCUCCUCGUCCGAGAGGCAUCCUCAAGAACGCCUCGUACAAUCGUGACUCUUACCAUGGCAGACCGAGUACAUCGCUGGACAUGCCGAAAGAGCAGGAAGACCAGGACGAAACUUCUCCCUUGAUAAGACCACAAUCCGAGCGCGUCGAGUCCCCGCUCACCCUGUCCACCAUACCGUCUCCCGAAGACUCCGAGAACUGGAACGAAGCAGACACGGAAGACACAAAGAGCAGCUGGUAUCUGGUUCUCUUGACUCUGUCCAUUGGAGGCCUCCAGAUUGCGUGGUCCGUUGAACUUUCAAACGGCUCCCCGUAUCUUCUCAGCUUGGGUAUCAGCAAGUCUCUGCUCGCCUUUGUCUGGAUCGCCGGUCCACUAUCCGGCACCUUGGUACAGCCUUACGUUGGCAUCAAGAGCGACAGAUGUCGUUCCAAGUGGGGAAAGAGGAGGCCCUUUAUCGUCGCGGGUGCUUUGGCAACCAUCAUCUCCCUCGUGCUGCUGGCAUGGACCAAGGAGAUUGUGCAAAACUUCUUUGCCCUCUUCCAAGUAGGCGCAGAGUCUCAGACGGUCCAUGUCGUUUCGAUCGUGUGGGCUGUAAGCUUCAUCUACAUUCUUGACUUCUCCAUCAACACCAUUCAAGCUGCUAUUCGUGCUUUCAUAGUAGACAAUGCACCCACCCACCAGCAAAACGACGCCAAUGCCUGGGCUUCUCGUAUGUCUGGCUUCGGCAACAUUCUCGGCUACCUCUCUGGUUACGUCAAUCUACCCAGAUAUCUCGGCUUCUUUGGAAACACCCAGUUCAAGGUUCUCUGCGUCAUUGCUGUUCUCGCCUUGACUAUCACGGUCGGCAUCUCGUGCCUCAGCAUUCAAGAAAGAGACCCUAGACUGGAGGGCAACCCACCACCGCAGAAAGGCGGCGUUCUGUCUUUCUUCGUCGAGCUCUACCGUUCCAUGAAGCGCCUGCCUCCCCAAGUCCGCAAAGUCUGCGCUGUCCAAUUCUUCGCCUGGAUCGGCUGGUUCCCCUUCCUGUUCUACAUCACUACCUACAUUGGCGAGAUCUACGUCGAGCCGUACUUUGUUGAGAAUCCGCACAUGUCACCAAGCGAAAUCGAUGCCACCUGGGAGCGCGCAACUCGUAUUGGUACUUUCGCCCUCUUGAUCUUCGCCUUCACGAACUUGGCUGCAGCUGUCGUCCUACCGUUGUUGAUAGCUCCUGGCUUUGAGCCACCCUCACCCCAGCCCCAUACGCCGCUCACCCCUCACGCGUACACUCCGACUACCCCCCGCUCAAUGACCGGCAGCGACUACUUUGCCUACACUCCUCAACACUCUACAAGUAAACUCAACCUUUCCGAGCCCAGCCGCUGGGAGCGCAUCAAGAGCCGUAUGCCAUCCGUACAGAUGAGCGCUUUCACGCUGCGACGCGCCUGGAUCCUCUCACAUCUGUUAUUUGCAGCUGCUACCUUCUUGACCUUCUUCGUCCACGACACUACCACUGCUACUAUCCUUGUCGCUUUCAUCGGCAUUCCCUGGGCACUGAGCAAUUGGGCUCCGUUCGCACUCAUUGCUGCUGAGAUCUCGAAGCGUGAAGCCAUUCGCCGUAACCAGAUUCCUGCCCCUGCUACCGCCGAGGGACAGGCUUUGGCCAAUGGUGACGACCCUGCACAAGGAGCCGAUCAAGCCGGAGUCAUCCUUGGUAUUCACAACGUCGCCAUUGCUGCUCCUCAAGUCAUCGCGACUCUGGUCUCGAGUGCUAUAUUCAAGGCUCUUCAAAAGCCUCGGGGUACGCCUGGCGAUGAUAGCGUGGCUUGGGUGUUGAGAUUUGGCGGCCUUGCUGCGCUUGUCGCUGCCUAUCUGACCACACGUAUUACAGAAGAAGGCGAGGAGGAGGAGCUGUAGAGCUGCACACACAAUGAUUCCAUGCUGGUUUCUGGAGUUGGAGGGUUGUUUCUCGAGAUACCUUUUCUUUACCUUUCAUUUCUCGUCUGACCUAGUUACUAUCACACGUUUCUUUUCAAUCCGGAUUGAUGAUUACAUAACACAUGAAAAUGAUGGAAUGAUACCUGAACAUGCAAAAUG